AUGGAACCGCAGAACGAGCAUGUUGCUGCCCCUGCGUCUACUCAGCCAAUUUACUACUUGCCCCUUGAGACCCCACAGACGAUCCGACUGAUCCACGCCCGGCGUCUGUCUGCAGAUGGGCGAAUCAUUAUAAAGCUGAAGCAUUUUUCUCUGUUUGAAGCACAAUACCCACGUUUUACGGCAAUAUCGUACGUCUGGGGAGAGAAGAAGCUGCAUCCGCAGAAAGUCGUGAUCAACGGACUCUCGAACGGGCUACACAGGUGGCGCUUAUGGGGAACACUGUAUCAACGGGCGUUCAGGACCCUGGUUUGGUUGGGCGAGGACACGCCUGAGGUGCGAGGCGCAUUGGAUUUGUUGAAACUGUUUGCGUCGAAUUCUUCAAACAGUAGGGACGAGUGGUCGUGGGCAGGUCAAGGCCCUAUUUCUCCUGAGAAGUGGCAGGCCCUGCGGCACUGGAUGAGGAGACCAUGGUGGACAAGAGUCUGGACCCUACAAGAGUUUCUGCUGCCUCAGAGUCUCAGUUUCUACUGCGGAAAUCAAAGCAUCACGAGAAGCGACUGGGGAAGAGCAAUCACCACAAUCUACAACUACUCUACGGUAUCACGUAUUUCCUUUGAGUCCCUCAUCGAUCACAAAGGAUUUGGCAACCAGUGGGCUCGGAGAAGGCUACUAGCAUAUUACAAGCAUUCAACCAUGGGACUGGUUGCGCUGAUGGCUUAUAUUGGACAUCAUGAGGCAACCGAUGACAGAGAUCGCGUCUACGCCGUCCUCGGUAUUUGCAACGACACAGACCGUGCUAUCGUCGGAACACCAGAUUACACCAUCUCAGUGGAGGAGCUGUACACCCGGAUCGUUGUAGGCUUCAUGCACCAGCACAAGAGUCUCAACAUUUUGUGCCACCGGGCACUGUUCACAAAGCCGCACCCAAGCUCGGAGGAGCCGGGCCGACGAACACCUACAUGGGUACCCGACUGGCGAUGCUGGACUGAUGCUGCUUCUCGACCCGUACCCUCCAUGGUGAGCGAGCCGAGCCGACCUGAGAUCGGCAACUUUCACGAGAUCCGUGACCCGCAGCAUGGCGUGGUCGACCCGAACCUUGUUUACGCAGCAUCUGCAGGGCUCCCUGCCGAGUUCUCGGUAUCUGCAGACAGCCGCCGCCUGACGUGCAAAGGCAUCGUGAUCGACAUCAUCGAUGGACUUGGCCCGGUCGGUCAGCGCGGCCCCGGUGGAAGACUGUAUGGGUACUUGAACUCCACCCUUAUCCAAUCUACAUCAGAUGCGAACACCACAUGCUUAGGGCCCGGAUCCGAUCCUGGGCAGCAGCCUGCAGGCAGCCGCGCCGCAUCACUUACCAUCUUGGAAUCUUUGGUCCGCAGCUUGUCCCUCGACCGCGCGGGCCGGUAUCUCAUGUGGCCUGCAGACGUGGACGGGUAUGUACAUCAGCUACGAAACGCCCUCCUUGGUCCUGCGCUGGCAGCACCCUGGAACGACGUGGGCAGAUUCGUCGCCGCGAACAACGAGCUGUGUGUCCUAAGGGCUAGCGUUUCCGAGCACCUUCAACUGGUAGGCCCGCCCCCGGACCCGAUACCCGCGGCGAACACUCUUUAUGGCGAGCUUCGGAAUGCACAUGUCCCUGUGAUACUCAGAAGAUCUGCGGGCACAGAGGAGUACGAAGUCGUUGGAGAGGCUUUCAUGCCUGGAUUCAUGAAAGGGGAGGCGAUUGAUGGCAAUAAGACGCCAAGUAUCAUUACUCUCCUAUGA